ACAAAAAUUACGGCGUGGAUUUAUUGGAAAACUUGGACAAAUCUAUGAAUAAUCGUAUCCCUUCAAUGUUAUUAAAUUAACACUAACGUAGAGUUUUAUACAUUGGUAUAUAGUGGUGGUUUUAAAAAGUUGUUUAUGUUAUUAUGAUGUUUGUAAAUUUGAAAGUUUCCGGACAAAGUUUGUGCGUAUCAUUGUCGUUACCGCGUAAGUCGGGCUUCUGUAUAUUUAAGAAGUUAUAGCGGCAGCCUACCGUGAUUUGUGAGAUGGUGCUGACUGUGUUAAUUAACGGAUCUAAAGAAAAAGUUAUUUGAUCGUGUCUAAUUUUUUAAUUUGAUCGGAGUUUUAAUGAACAUGUAUCCGUCUGCUACGCGGCACCCAGCGGCUGCGGUUCGGGGACCCCAACCGCCUGCUGGUCCGAUUAAAUUUACAAUUGCGGACACAUUAGAACGUAUAAAAGAAGAAUUUAACUUUUUACAAGCUCAAUAUCACACACUUAAACUUGAAUGUGAAAAAUUGGCCAGUGAGAAGACUGAAAUGCAGAGGCAUUAUGUUAUGUAUUAUGAAAUGUCUUAUGGCCUUAAUGUGGAAAUGCACAAGCAGACGGAAAUAGCGAAAAGGCUAAGUGCUAUAAUUGGACAAGUUCUACCCUUCCUCGCCCAAGAACACCAGCAGCAAGUAGCUUCGGCUGUGGAGCGUGCCAAACAGGUGACAAUGUCGGAACUCAAUGCUAUUAUAGGGCAACAACAACAACAUGGCCUGCAGCAACUUCUACAACAGAUCCACGCGACGGCUGGCUUGUCGCACGGCGUGGGGGGCGCGGGCGGCUUGUUGGGGGCGGGGGGGCUAUUGUUCGCUCCCGGCGCCGGCCCGCAGCCGCCCCCGCAUCUACCGCCGCCCGCUCAUAAAGUAGAGCUUCCACCUCCUGCCGACAUAAAACCCCCAGUUCUGCCCGGGGGAUCGGCGUCUUCUCAACUGAUGUCAGGGCAGCCGCCCCCGCGGGACGACGGUCACACUUCAAGAUCUAUGCCAUCGAGACGUUCAGUGUCGCCACAUGAGAGAGAACAGAAAUACAGGCCCAGGUCUCCAGUUGAACCCGAAGCUCUGGACGCCAAACGCAGAAAAGAGGAGAAGGUAUUCAGCCAUGUGAGUCUGUGUAGUGACAGCGACGCUGAGAAGAGCGAUCAAGACCUUGUCGUGGACGUGGCCAACGAGGAAGAAAGAGCAUCACCGAAUGCGAGAACGGAGGGAGGGGAGAGAACCGAGAAUGGCCCCAGGCCCCCGUCCAGAUCAGGAUCUUCGUCCAGUAGAUCGACGCCUAAGAGCUCCAAAGAUGAGAAACCUGGUACUCCGGGAGCAAAGUUGCCCCGGGCGCCCACCCCAACCGGUCCCGGACGUGGCUACGGCUUCCCCGGUUACCCUGGCUACAGACCCCCUCAUCCGUAUGAGACGCCGCACCAUAGAACCAAUGGUGUUGCUCCAGCGAAACCCGCGUACUCGUACCACUCGUGCGGCGGCGGGGGGCUGCAGGCGGUGGGGUUCCCGGCGGACGCGCUGUCGGCGGCGGGCGUGCCGCGGGGCGCGCGCGCGGUGGCGGCGCUGGCGCACGGCGAGGUGGUGUGCGCGGUGGCGCUGUCGCUGGGCGGCGGCGCGCGCCACGCCUACACGGGCGGCAAGGGCUGCGUCAAGCUGUGGGACAUCACCAACCCCGGCUCGCCGGCCACGCUCGAGCCGCUGUCGCAGUUGGACUGCUUGCAAAGGGACAACUACAUACGCUCCGUGAAACUCUUGCCCGACGGUCGCACCCUCAUCGUGGGAGGGGAAGCAUCGACACUGUCAAUAUGGGACCUCGGCUCCGGCACUCCGCGGAUGAGGGCCGAGCUGACCUCGUGCGCGCCCGCGUGUUACGCGUUAGCCAUUAGUCCGGAUUCUAAGGUUUGCUUUAGUUGCUGUUCAGAUGGCAACAUAGCUGUAUGGGACCUACAAAAUCAAACACUAGUUAGACAAUUUCAAGGGCACACGGACGGCGCCUCGUGCAUAGACAUCAGCGGCGACGGCACGCGACUGUGGACGGGCGGCCUCGACAACACGGUGCGCUCGUGGGACCUGCGGGAAGGCAGGCAACUACACCAGCACGACUUCUCGAGUCAAAUAUUCUCGCUGGGAUAUUGUUCAACAGGAUCCUGGCUGGCGGUGGGCAUGGAGAAUUCGCACGUCGAAGUGCUGCAUUCAGGGAAGCCGGACAGGUAUCAGCUGUUGCUGCACGAGUCUUGCGUUUUGUCGUUAAAAUUCGCAACUUGCGGGAAAUGGUUCGUCUCUACAGGGAAAGAUAAUUUGUUGAACGCAUGGCGUACGCCUUACGGAGCUAGUAUAUUUCAGUCUAAAGAAUCAUCAUCGGUGCUCAGUUGUGAUAUAUCAACGGACGAUAAGUUCAUAGUGACGGGAUCGGGCGACAAAAAGGCAACAGUUUAUGAAGUCGUUUAUUAAAUAAAUAAUAUAUUACGGUAAUCUCAGUGAACGUGGUCCAGUGAAGUGAAAUGCAGUUUUAUAGUGAAUGUUGUGGGUCCCUGAUGGUUGGCUGUUGAGUUAUGAAGUGAAAAUUGACGUUUUUUGUGUUGUUCAUAGCUGCUUUAAGCAGAUUAGUUUUUAAAAUGUAUCAAUAAAGUGUCACCAGUGGUUAUUUUUAUUAUAGAGAAUCAAGUUGCGGUUAAGUACAAUAAUAUGAGAAUGAAAUAAUUAAAAUUGAAUCGUGCAAUAGAAAAGUUUUGGGUGUUAUUAGAAAAAAUUAAUAAACGAACAUUAUUGUGAAAAAUAUAAAAUGUGGAUCUUGUAUAAUAUGUAUACAGGUUUGGUCAGUUUAAUUUACAAAUCAAUAUCUUUGUUUGAAACCAAUAUAAGAUGUGAGAACUGACACAUUCAUAAUAUAUACUUAAAAGCAUUUGAACUGUAUUAAAUUAUUUAGAGACUUUAGAGCAACUAUUGUUCAAAACAGAUAAAAUGUAACAUACAUAAAUAAUUGAGUUGACAAAGCUAAUUCUAUAACCAUAACUUCAAUCUAUAACAUUCUGUAACAGUACUGUGAUCCUGUGUUGAAUUGAUAUUAAUGAAAUAGUUAUUUCACUAACAAAAAUUCAACAGUCAACCAUAGAAAUGUAAUUAUCUAUGUGUAUUUUUUUUUAAAUGUAAUACUUAAUAUAGAUCAAUGUUGAAAGGUUGAACAUGGAUAUUUUUAGUGUUAUUAUUAAAAUAUAAUAAUAUUUUUGUAAAAGAAACGAAGAGGAAAACGUUAUUAUUUGAAUAAUUUUGAAGGUUCGUGGUUUCAGUUCCAUUUUAUGGUCAUGUUAAUGUUUUUGUUCAGUUAUCGUUCAGAAGAAAAUUGCUUUAUGAAUUAUUUAAUUAAUUAAACGAUAACAGUUUGGUUGAACAUUGUCUAUUGAACUCGUCUGGUGUUGUUAGUACAUGCAGUAAUUAUACAUUUUAAGACUAUUACAUGAUGAUUAAUGAAAAAAAAACAUCACAAAGACUUUUCUGAUUUGAAUAAAUAAAACAAGAGCUGACUUAGAUCAGUUAAAUAUGUAAUAUCGUUUUAAAUUAAAGCUAUUUUUAAAUAGAAACUUAAGAAUUGAAAAUUUCGCCAUCAGAACAUCGUAAGAGUUGUUGUCAACUUCGUUU